AUGAGAUGGAGUAUUUCCGCAUUCUGUCUCUCUCUUUUGACACUUAGUGUUUCUGGUUCUGUGCACGAAUCUCGUUCACGUGGAUGGACGACCGAACGCAAGUUGGAGGCUCGCGAGCUCACUAGAUCAUUAUGGAAUCAUGGGUUUGAUUCAUACAUGCACCAUGCUUUCCCUCUUGACGAACUGAAGCCACUGACAUGCACGGGUCAGGGGCCAGACUGGUUUGACCCAACCGCCAUCCAUUUCAACGAUGUUCUUGCAAACUGUUCUGUCACCUUGAUCGAUAACCUGGACUCCUUCUUAAUCCUCAAUAAUCGUACUGGAUUUAACAACGCUGUCUGGAACACAAUUUCUCAUGUAUCGUUUGACGUGGAUACCAAACCUCAAGUAUUCGAGACAACCAUAAGGGUGCUAGGAGGACUCCUCAGUGCUCACAUAUUUAGUGUUGAGCCUAAUUAUGGAUUUGCAAUACCUGGAUAUGAUAAUCAACUCCUCUCACUGGCCUACGAUUUGGGAGAAAGGCUGCUGCAGGCCUUCGAUACACCUACAGGAAUCCCAUAUGCUAGGGUAAAUCUUCGAAGAGGCGUUCCGGCGGGAGAAACCACCGAGACUUGCUCUGCUGGUGCAGGUUCAUUGCUGUUAGAAUUUACAACAUUGAGUCGGCUGACUGGGGACCCGAGAUUUGAGGAUGCAGCUGUUAAAUCUUUUUUUGCAAUAUGGAAUCGUCGUUCACAAUUGGACCUCAUCGGAAACACUAUUGAUCUUAUAUCAGGUAGAUGGCUUAAUCCCGGAAAUAGCGGUAUCGGGGCUGGUAUCGAUUCUUUUUAUGAAUAUGCCUUGAAGAUGUACGUGCUUACGGGGGAAAACCGUUAUUUGGACGUCUGGAAUGACUCGUACGGACCACUUAUGAAACACUCCAGAGGGGCGGAUGGUUUCUGGUAUCGUACGGUUUCUAUGGAGACCGGAGAGUUGGCUACCACUUGGAUUGAUUCGCUAGGAGCAUUUUGGCCUGGUCUCCAGGUGCUAGCCGGCGACGUAGAGAGUGCGAUUAAAUCCCACAUGGCAUAUUGGAACCUAUGGAAGCGUUUUAGCGGAAUGCCUGAAACGUUUAACGUCAUGACACGUGAAGGCAUCAGCUUGGGGUACCCCCUACGACCGGAAUUCAUUGAAAGCACGUACUUCUUGUACCGAGCGACACGGGACUCAUUUUAUCUAGAUGUUGGAGCCCGUAUUCUUGAGGAUUUUAUUCGCCGAACGAAGGUACCCUGUGGAUUGGCGACCGUCUCUAAUGUUUUGACUGGAGCACAUGAAGAUCGGAUGGAGUCUUUUGCCCUCUCCGAAUCGUUGAAAGCGAGUUAUCUUUACCUUCUUUUCGACGAGGAUAAUAUGUUCAACAAGGAUUUUCGUAAUUUUGUUUUCACUACAGAAGGACACGUCUUGUUCCUCGAUAAUAUGUAUUUCCGUCAACCUCCCCCCAUUCAACCUGCACUUCACCGUUCUUCACACUCGAUAUGCCCGGCAUACAGUCCUCCCCUCGUCACGUUCUCACGCCAAGGUGGCUCUCAUUUGGGAGACCUCGGAGGUCUCAUAGGAUCCGUGCGCGAACGACCCGAUUUCGAAUAUGCAAGAUUAUUGGCUGGUAUCGUUGUUUCUCCUGAUGCUUAUGAUAAGUUGUCUUGGAGCAAGACUUCGGGGGACAAAAAUCCAUUCGCUGUGAUCGCAGAGGAGGAUAAGGCGUGGUGGGAUGAGAAUGGAUGGUGUGAAGUUCCAAGGGUCGAGGAGUACGUACACGAAUGGAUUCUCUCAUCUGAUGGAGGCCUUGUUUCAGAAGAUCGCUUCCCUGGGCCAGAUAAAAUUCGCAAAGUCGUCGAUGGAUAUGAGGUUCUUAACAUCACUGGAAUUCGAACGCAAGUGACAGCUCGCAUCGAUCGAACAGCGUAUGACAUUACUCGACUUGGACAGUAUCGCGUUUAUACUGGACAGAAAGUUUAUAUUAGCGAUCCAAUCAUCCUCAGGACCCUACGGAGAAGUGAAGCUUCGCCAAAAUCAUUUCGACGAUUCGGACUUCCAGAUAUCAUCCUUUACUUUUCUUUUGCGCCCUCUCUCACCUCUUCUCAUUGGCCUUCUAACUUUCAAGCGCCACUCCGAAGCGCCAAUGCCGGGUUCAACGAAAGUUUUGUCUUUGACGCUCUGGCCGCUACGGCUAGUUUUGGAGGAAAUCCAUCGGAGUCAGCAUCGGGUGAAACGUCACAGCAGACGCGGAUGACGAUGCCGGAUCCCCUUAUCUUUAGCGCCGACUCGCCGUUUAAUGGUGCCGUACGUGUUGUUCCUCAUCUCUUACCCGUCGUCGUCUUCAUCCGACGAGGGGAAUGCGCUUUUCUUCAAAAACUCAUCCUAGCUAAAAAGGCGCACUUUGCCGGGGUGAUCAUGGAUGCAGACGAUGGAGAGUUAAUCAAUCCUAGCAUAGAUAAAUCAGAUGAGGAAUUGGCUAGGAGGGAACUUUGGGAUGUGAGCAUUGUGGUGGUUGGUCGGGAUGAUGGAAGCGUUAUGGAUGAAAUGUUGGGCGUCGCGGAGGAGAGGAGUGUGAAUGCGAACGACGGCGAGGGGUGGGACGUAAUCGUGGAAGUCAAGAGAGUCGAGGACGUUAUCAAACAGGAUGAAAACACCACGGGGAAGAAGAAGAAGAAAGUGAAUGAUGGUGAUGAUGGUGAUGACGAUGAUGGAGGGAAGAAGAAGGCUCAUGAGUCUGGUUCUGCGAAUUCAACACCACCACCUCCCGUUCAGUUAUACAUCAAUGGGCUUGCUUUACGGAAUACGAUAGUCCUUCGAUAA